CUUUCUGAUUUUAGAUACCUGGCAACAGGGGACUCCUACAAGUCCUUGGGGUACAGCUUUCGGGUUGGUGUUUCCACAAUCUCACGCAUCGUGCCAGAGGUCGCAAAUGCCAUCUGGGAUGGCUUUGUGAGCACUCACAUGCAGAUGCCAAAAGAGGAGGAAUGGAGAGCCAUCGCAGAGGAGUUCGAGAAGGAGUGGGACUUUCCCAACUGCAUUGGUGCGAUAGAUGGGAAACACGUCACGAUCCGGGCUCCACCCUGCUCAGGUUCCAUGUACCACAAUUAUAAGGGGACCUUCUCGAUUGUGUUGCUGGCAGUAGUGGAUGCAAACUACUGUUUCCGGAUGGUGGACGUCGGUGCCUAUGGGAAAGGGAGUGAUGGCGGUACCCUGAGAGCAUCUGCCUUCGGAAAAGCCCUUCAAGCAGGCACACUCCACAUCCCAGCUGACAGAAGCCUUCCUGGUGCUCCCGAGCUUGGUGAGAUGCCACACGUGUUUGUGGGGGACGAGGCCUUCCCUCUGCAGAAGCACAUCAUGAGGCCCUACCCUGGAAACAACCUGACAAGGCAGAAGCGGUUGUUUAACUACCGUCUGUCUCGGGCUCGUCUGGUGGUCGAGUGUGCCUUUGGGAUCCUUGCAUCCAGGUUCCACAUGUACUACCGAGUGAUGGGGCAAAAUCCUGAGCAUGUGGAAGCCUGUGUAAAGGCAACCUGCAUCCUCCACAACCUGCUGAGGUCAACAGAGGCCAAACCUCCAUCAAGUGACGAAGCAGUCCCCUUGGAAAGAGGCAGGCGUCUUGGAACCAACAACUCCACCAAGGAAGUGAUGCAGGAGAGGGAGAGGUUCAUGACCUACUUCAACAGCGCUGCUGGCGAGGUUUCAUGGCAGAAUAAUGUAGUUUGAUACCAUCAUCUUCAUAAAAAAAGGCCCUUUUCAGGGCCACUCACAUCAAUAAAGAGCAAACUUCCCGUCCCUUAAACCCAUA